AUGGCACAAAAUAAAACCAGAAUACUUGAAACUGAGGUCUCGGAAGAACAGUCCUUUUCACGGGCCUCCACUCCGUCUGAAAGUUGUAAUAAAAGAAUGCGCAUCGACGAUAACUCUUGCCCUACUCCUUCGUCUCCAUGGAACACGUCGCGUAAAGGGAAAAGUUCACAAGAAGAUAGAUAUCAAAUGGGAUCUAUUGUUCGCGUUUGCCUAAAAAAUUUUGUCACGUAUGAUUCCGUUGAGUUUUACCCCGGUCCAAAUCUUAACAUGAUUAUAGGUCCUAACGGGACUGGAAAGAGUACUAUUGUUUGUGCUAUUGCUCUUGGUCUUGGUUGGAAUACGUCGCUCCUGGGACGUGCUAAAGAAAUUUCAGAUUUCGUUAAACAUGGUCAAGAACGACAAAAUGUCACUCAUCGAGAGAUACAAGCAAGAGUGGCUUCAAUUAAUAUUCAGGUUGAUAAUCUUUGUCAAUUCCUUCCGCAAGAUAAAGUAUGCGAGUUUUCGCAGAUGUCACCUCCAGAAUUACUUACACAAACUCAGAAAGCAGUAGGUGAGAAAGAAAUGAUUGAGUGGCAUGAACGGUUAAUUGAAUUACGAAAUGAAGAAAAGUCAAUAUCAACGGCAGCCAAAGCUGAUGGAGAUCAAAUUGAUAAUCUCGAAAAGAGAAACGCCAUUCUGGAAAGAGAUGUAACUCGUUUCAGAGAAAGAGAAGCUAUAAUGAAGCGAGUUAGACUAUAUGAAUUACGUAUUCCAUUUGCUCGCUAUGGUAUAGCAAAAAAUUUAUAUGAUGAAUUGAAAGAAGUCCGUAACGAAGCUCAUAAUGAGUAUAAUCGUCUUUCUAAAGAAAAUGAGCCUGCGAAUGCAAGAAAAAGUGAACUCGAAAAUAAUGUGAAAGAACUUACUCAAGAGAAAAAACAAUGUUCAGAUUCUUUUGUUAAAAAAAGAAGGGAGAUGGAGGGUGUAGCGGGCAAAUUGGAAAAAACGGAAGGUGAAAUUGAUACUAUACGCAAAGAUUUAUCUAGUAUCAAAAGAAAAGAAAAGAUGAGAAGGACUCGAAUUGCCCAACUUCGUGAAGAAAUUAGCGACAUUGAAGCAAAACUCCAAAUUCCGCCAUCGAAACCUGAUUCACCUGAUCUCAUACGAAGAUUUGAUGAUGUCAAUAAUCGUAUGCGGGAAAUAACAUCAAAGAUUGGUAAUAAUCGGGAACUUCAAAGUCAAAUCGAUGGAGAAAAUAAGAUCCUUUAUCGAGAUAUGGCAUCGUUUAAGCGACAACUUCAAAACCUCGAAGAUGUUAGGCGACGUAGACUUGACGCUUUACGAAAUGAACCUGCGACAAUAGCAGCAAUUGAAUGGUUGGAUCAAAAUCGUGAUAGGCUAAACAGUCGAGUUUAUGGCCCUGUUUGUUUAGAGGUUAACAUAAAGAAUAUGCACUAUGCAGACGCAGUGGAGGCUCUCCUAGGACAUUUUAUGAAGACUUUCGUUUGCGAAGUUGAACAAGAUUAUCAUAUUGUUACAAAAGCGCUUUGUGAUGAAAAAGGUUUGAAAAUAAAUGUAGUAUGCUUUUCUCAUUUGUCUAUGGCCAAAUUUCAACCACCAAUGUCAAAUAAUCAGCUUAGAACACAUGGUUUUGAGAGUUAUCUCUUGGAUCAGAUAGACGCUCCCCCAACAUUGUGUACGGCUAUUUGUAAUGAAGCACAAUUUCACAGAAUUCCUGUGGCCAGAAACGAAUCGGAUGUCGAUCACAAAAAUGUUGAGAAACUUUUUGAAUUUAGAAAAUAUAUUGCAGGUGAUACCUCCUACAGUAUCACAGCUUCAAAAUAUGGUCGAAGACUUAAACAGUCUUAUACAACCAGAAUUAGGCCGGCAAGAAUAUUUACGAAUACAAUAAAUGUUGAGUCCAAACGUAUUCUUGAAAGUCAACUUAAUGAAAUACAAAUAAAGUUAAAGGAAAAUGAACAAUCACUUUAUAGAUUGAAACGUGAAGAGCAGCAACUUAAUGGAUCUUUAUUAGUAUUGAAUGAAGAAAAGGCACAAAUAAGUGAAGAAAAGAACAAAGCACGGGCUGCUUUAAAUGAAUACGAGAAACUUAAAAUUAGACUUGAGUCAAAAAACUCACAAUUAGGACGUGAAAUCAAUAGACCUCAGUCUGUACAAUAUGAGGAAAAUGUAUUAAAGGAAAAACUUUGUGAAAUCGCUAGAAAACGAGGCCAGCUUGCUGAAGAAUUUCAAAAUUUUUUGGAUGAGAGUAUGCAACUAUUUUCUGGUCGCGUUAGGGCUUCAUUAUUACAUCUUCAAGCUGUUUCCGAGCUUCAUGCACUAGAAAGACAGACACAAGACAGGGACGAUGCUUUGAAACAGGCGCAUGCCAGGUUUACGGAUGCCAAUAAGAAAUUUUUAGCGGCUAAAUCAGAAGCGAAGCGUUUACUAAAUGCAGCCAACUCUGAAAAUGAAGAAAUCGAUGAAGAAACAAGAGAAGCACUCCAAGAGCUAAAUGGAAUGAGUCUUGAAGAAUUGGAAGAUGGACUCGCAAGUGAUCGAGCUAAAGCUAAUUUACAUUACACUGUUGAUCCUAAUGUCAUCCAAACUUACGAUAAUAGGAAAGCUCAGAUCGAUGAUCUUAAAUCCAAAUUGCUGGUUAAAACAAAUCGAUUAGAAGUAUUGAUGAAAGAAAUGGCAACAUUGAGGGAGAACUGGGAGCCUCAAUUGAAUGAAUUAGUGAAACAAAUCAGUAAAGAAUUUUCUAAUGCGUUUGAUCGAAUAGGUUGUGUGGGUGAAGUUCGAAUUAGUACCAAUGAUGACUAUGAUAAAUGGGGAAUUGAUAUUUUGGUGAAAUUUAGGGAUAAUGAAAAACUUCAAGUAUUAACAGGUCAGCGACAAUCAGGAGGUGAACGGUCGGUUUCUACUAUUAUGUAUUUAAUGGCAUUACAAGAAUUGGCCAAAACACCAUUUCGUGUUGUUGAUGAAAUUAAUCAAGGAAUGGAUCCUCGUAACGAACGUUUGGUGCACAGUCAAAUGAUUCAAACAGCAUGUCGACCAAAUACUGCACAGUAA